GUCUGGGUGGAAAUGUUACUACUGUACUCAAGUAGAAGUUGCUGAAUCCACAUCAGAACACAUUUUGGAAGGAAAUAAGGCACUUGAACAUUUAAGUCCUGAAAUUAUAAAUGAUUUGAUGACGAGCUGAGUUCGCUAUGCAGGCAAUAAAAACUGUGGAACAAGAAGUGAUUUUUAUAAAGGAAACACUUUUGACAGAACCCUUCCUCAAGAAACAAGAGUGCUGCAGAAAGCCGGAGAGCAGGCAGCUCUUCGAGCAGCAGCCAUUGGAAGGAGCUGUCUGCAGCUCUCAGUGCUGUACUGAGCAUGUCCCAGCGGAGCCCAGCGCUAGCAGCACAUUAUGCAAAAAGGCAGCUCUAGCAGAUGGGAGAGAGCCACAGCAAGCGUUUGCUUCACUUGCAUCAUCACCGCUUGAAAACAAACCUGGAUCGCUAGAGGGGAUCUCUCCGGCAGCCCAGUGGAAUGAAAUCCGAGAGCAUGGCUUGAUUGCCGAAGGUGUUGCACUGCGAAAAAUCAUGGGGAAUCAAGAUGGGAAGCUGAAGAAAAACACAGGUGAUGUGCAUGAAGGAGGAGAGGAUGCCUCUGGGCCCAAGGAUACGGAUGGCACAAAGAAGGUAUCGGGAAGCAGAAGGGGACUGGGGAAGCAUGCAAAGGGAAGUGAAUCCGGUAAGAAGAAGGGUAAAUCAGACUCGAGGGCUUCAGUGUUUUCAAAUCUGAGGAUCAGAAAAAAUCUGUCCAAGGCUAAAGAUGGGAAUAGUAGUUCACGGGAGGAUGUUUUGGAAAGCCAGGCCUUGCAUGCUGGAGAGCUGGACAGUACUCAUUCGGUUGUUACCAAAACUCCAGAUAUAAGCAUCUCUGCAGAUGAAGGGGGUCUCUCAGACACAGAUGUAGAACAUUUUGAAAUCAGAAAUGAAACUGUUCCAGCUGCUACAGAGACACAGGAUGGACAAAGGACCAGUUCUGGCUCUGAUACGGAUAUAUACAGUUUCCAUUCAGCCACAGAACAAGAGGAUUUGCUUUCUGAUAUCCAGCAAGCUAUCAGACUGCAGCAGCAGCAGCAGGGGGCAAUUAACAUUGGAACUGAGGACCUUGUCACCAAAACAAUGGGCCGACACAUGGCUAAUUCGCUAGCAGCCCCCUUAGAUUUUGAACGGUUUCUUUCAGUAACUACCACCGACAAAGAGAGGAGCCCAGACACUGAGGGUGCUUUUCCAGCAGUAUCUGAAAUUGUGGAAAACAUUCCCGUCUCCUGUGCAACUGAACGUGAACUGAAAGAAGCAGUAAACGGCACAGGCUCUCCUGGAAACGGCUUAUUUGAAACACAAGAACGUCAGCUAUUGAUUGAGAAACAGGAACAGCUUAUUGCUGGAGUGGAUGCUGUAGCUAAUGAAUUAGAAGAUGAUUUAUAUAGAACUGUGGCAGAAAACCGGUCUCAGACACACAGCUCCACACAACCUUUUCCAACCUCUGUAGCAGACACUGAGACAGAAACUGCUGAAGUGCAGGAUGUUGAUUUGCAGGGCUCAGUAACAGAGGAUGGUAUUUCAGAUACAGGCCCUGAUCAUGCUGCUGAGACUCAGGAAGGGAAACACACUCUGUCAGCCAGUCAAGAGGACCUGCAUAAUGGUUUAUCGACGGAAAUAAAAGAUGGCAUUUUGUCCUCCGAGGGGACAGCAGACAGUCCGAAUCUUGGUUCCCGAUGCUUUAAACCCUAUCUUAUUAAUCCUUGUUACAUCAAAACCACAACUAGACAACUGAGUUCUCCAAAUCAUUCACCUUCUCCCUCCCCAUCCCAGAGCCCACUUUCUAAAAGGAGGCAGGAGUUCUUCCAGAAAGCAGAAAAAGUCUCAAUCAGGAAGCAGAGGUCUGCUAGUUUGGCAGGUUUAUUUAGUCGUUCUGCAGACUGGACAGAAGAGGUAUCUAACCACAAAUGUGAGGUAACUCAGAAGGUGGGGUCUGCAGACUACUUGGAGCGCAAUGGGUUUAGAGAGAAGUUUCAGACUGGAAGAGUGCCUUUGACUCAUUCAAGAAAGUCCUCAGGGGUGCAGGCUUCUACAGAGACAUUUCCCAAUGUCUUUUCAGGUCGAACUCUGCUGGAAAAGCUCUUCAGCCAGCAGGAAAAUGCACCACAAGAAGAAGCUGAAAAACUAUGUUCUCGCAUUAUUGCAAUGGGUCUUCUGCUUCCAUUCACUGACUGCUUCAGAGAGCCAUGUAAUCAGAGUGCCCAGCAAAGCACACCCACAUUUGAUCAAGACCAGCUUUAUACUUGGGCUGCAGUUAGCCAACCCACACAUUCAUCCGAUUACAUUGAAGGAAGCUUUCCAAGGAGAGUUCCAUCUGUGUUGCCUCCACCAAAACCUCCAGAUGAAGAACAAAGAAUCAGUAUUACGGAAGAAGAAUUGAAAUCUGCUGGCCUAGAAACUGAGAAACAAUGCAUAGAUGGUCCUCAGCUGGUACAGAAAGAAGACUGUUCCACAGUACCUGGGUCCUGGGAUGAUUUUGAUGUGAAAUCUGAGGAGCGUGCCAGUGUUAUCCAGCAACUUGAGCAAACUAUUGAGGAUCUGAGGACCAAAAUUGCAGAACUAGAGAAACAGUUCCCUGCUGCAGAGUUACAGGUUGCUGGGAGGGAGCACGAAAAGGAGUACACACAUGCAGUCUGCAGGGACCUCAGCAGUGUGACUCUUCAAACAAAUGAAGAGGAGGUUUUACCCAGGACUGUGUCACAAGCAAGAUCUGUACAGACGUCACCAACGGAGGGUUAUUUAACGCACACAAUGCCUUCAGCCAAUGCACUGCCACAGCCACCCCCACCACCACACUUAGAAGGGGGCAAAAGUGAAGGGCCAACUCAGAAACCAACAGCUCUAGAACUACAGCCCACAUUUUGUUCUGAAAUCUCAAUUCUGUCACCGAAGCUAAUCUUGAUGCCACUGGAUGCAAGCCAAUCAGUACAGAGUAUGCCACAGUCACCUCUUCCAGGACCCAAAGUUAAUUUGUCUCUUGCAUUUAAAGGAGAGGCUGAAAUGCCAGCUUCCCAUCAACCUCUAAGUACUGUAGAUGUGACUUACAGUGAACAUCCCUGUCCUUUGCCCCUGGAGUCCACAUGUAGCAUUCCCCCAUCGCUGCAAGCACCUGAACCAGCUGUAACCCUGCCUGGAGCACAUGGCCCUUCCCUUGUCACUUCCAUGUCCAUGGCAGGAGUACCACCCCCACCACCCCUGCCCGGCUCAGGACUCCUUCCUGCUGUCUCAGAAGUGCCACACCUGGACCACUCUCUGCCAGGGGUGAUGAUCCCACCACCCCCGCCUCCUCCUCCACCUUUGCCAAGCGGGGAAAUACCGAUGCUGCCUCCAGCCCCUCCUCUCCCAUGUGCUGCAGUCCCACCACCACCUCCACCACCACCUUUGCCCAGAGUCUCAUCCCCUCUGCCUGGUUCCGGCAUCGCCCCUCCCCCUCCACCACCUCUACCUGGGGCUGGUGUCCCUCCACCACCUCCUCCUCUGCCUGGCCUGGGAAUGACAUUCCCACCCCCAGCACCACCUCUGCCUGGGGCUGGUGUCCCUCCACCACCCCCUCCUCUGCCUGGCCUGGGAAUGACAUUCCCACCCCCAGCACCACCUCUGCCUGGGGCUGGUGUCCCUCCACCACCUCCUCCUCUGCCUGGCCUGGGAAUGACAUUCCCACCCCCAGCACCACCUCUGCCUGGAGUAGGACUGCCACCACCUCCCCCACCUCUGCCUGGUGGGGGCAUCCCAGCCCCUCCUCCUCCACCACCUCUGCCUGGUGCUGGUGUCCCUCCUCCACCCCCUCCACCACCUCUGCCUGGUGCUGGUGUCCCUCCUCCACCACCUCUGCCUGGUGCUGGUGUUCCUCCUCCACCACCUCUGCCUGGUGCUGGUGUCCCUCCUCCACCACCUCUGCCUGGUGCAGGUGUCCCUCCUCCACCACCUCUGCCUGGUGCAGGUGUCCCUCCUCCACCACCUCUGCCUGGUGCAGGUGUUCCUCCUCCACCACCUCUGCCUGGUGCAGGUGUCCCUCCUCCACCGCCUCUGCCUGGUGCAGGUGUCCCUCCACCACCCCCUCUUUUGCCUGGGUUGGGGAUGCCACCUCCAGCCCCACCACCUUUACCUGGAGGAGCACCAGCCCAGGGCAGCACCUACCCAGCAGUCCCACAAGGCUGUGGUUUUCUUCCUCCUCUGUUACCAUCUGGUUUAUUUGCAAUGGGGAUGACUCAGGAGAAAGGGAGCAGGAAACAUGUGAUAGAGCCUUCUCGGCCAAUGAAGCCUCUUUAUUGGACAAGAAUUCAGCUACACAGUAAAAGAGAUUCUAGUGCUUCACUUGUGUGGGAAAAAAUUGAAGAACCUUCCAUAGAUUAUCAUGAGUUUGAAGAACUGUUUUCUAAAACAGCUGUUAAAGAGAGGAAGAAACCCAUUUCGGACACCAUUACAAAAACGAAGACUAAACAAGUUGUCAAGUUGUUAAGUAACAAAAGAUCUCAAGCUGUUGGAAUAUUAAUGUCUAGCCUUCAUUUAGACAUGAAGGACAUUCAGCAUGCUGUUGUGAACUUGGACAACUCUGUAGUUGACCUAGAGACCCUCCAAGCCCUGUAUGAGAAUAGAGCACAAUCAGAUGAAUUAGAAAAAAUAGAAAAGCAUAGCAAGACAUCUAAGGAAAAAGAAAACGCCAAAUCAUUGGAUAAGCCAGAACAGUUCCUCUAUGAACUCUCACUAAUUCCCAACUUUUCUGAACGUGUAUUUUGCAUCCUGUUCCAAUCAACAUUUUCAGAAAGCAUUUGUUCAAUCCGCCGCAAACUUGAAUUAUUACAGAAACUGUGUGAGAUAUUGAAAAAUGGGUCAGGUGUUAUGCAGGUCCUUGGUUUGGUUCUUGCCUUUGGAAAUUACAUGAAUGGUGGAAACAGGACGAGAGGACAGGCUGAUGGCUUUGGACUAGAUAUUCUGCCAAAACUGAAAGAUGUCAGGAGCAGUGACAACAGUAGAAGUCUUCUAUCUUACAUUGUAUCAUACUAUUUACGUAAUUUUGAUCAGGAUGCUGGAAAAGAACAGUGCAUUUUUCCACUUCCAGACCCACAAGAUCUCUUCCAGGCUUCACAAAUGAAGUUUGAAGACUUUCAACAUGAUCUCCGCAAAAUGAAGAAAGAUUUGAAAGUAUGUGAGACAGAAGCAGCAAAAGUUUAUCAGCUAUCACUAGAAGAGCACCUCCAGCCUUUCAAAGACAGCAUGGAGCAAUUCAUUAGUCAAGCUAAAACAGACCAAGAAAAUGAAGAAAAGUCACUGACAGAAGUGCAUAAAAGCUUUUUGGAAACUGCAGCCUAUUACUGUAUGAAAACAAAAAUGGGAGAGAAAGAGGUUUCCCCACAUUCUUUCUUCAGUAUUUGGCACGAAUUCAGUUCUGACUUCAAAGACUUCUGGAAGAAAGAAAACAAACUUAUUCUUCAAGAAAGAGUUAAAGAAGCAGAAGAACUCUGCAGGCAGAAAAAGGGGAAGUCGCUAUACAAUGUAAGACCAAAACAUGACUCUGGAAUUAAAGCAAAGAUACGUAUGAAAAUCUGAGAGAAGAAAAGCAAAGCCAUUGUUACCUGGUUACCAAAACUCAACAUGCCUGUGGGUGGGGAGCGAGGGGGAAGGAAACUACAUCAUCCUGAUCAUUUGCUUUUUUGACCUUUUUAAACUCGCGUUUUGUUCUCUAGAGUUUUCCACCAAUUGAUGUGUUAUUGUACAUUCAUUCAUGAAUGUAAUCACUCUAAUGGAGUGCCCAGCAAUAGACUAGGUAUGGACUUGAAACACCUUCCCUGUACUCUGUAUCUCUUUUGCCACUCAAAAAUGAUAUUUUGUAAAGUGUAUGGUAUAUUACAAAUAGGCCAAGUCAGCAUGCAUAAAAAGUGGCAUCUGCAUCAAUUCUGAACAUGCUGAAGCAUUACGUUGAACUUCAUAAUAAUGCUACAUGAUACAGUAAAACAUUUCCAUUCCUACUGGCAACAUCUGUCUAACACAAAUACUUCAUGGCACUGCACUUAGAUUAGGGAAAGAAAUGUUACUUCUAGUGAAUUGUUUGUAUCCGUUUCAUGUUGGCAUUUGUAGUUUGUAUUUUGAAUCGUUAAGUGCUGUUUAUACAGUAUAAUCAAUGCUUUCCCAACUUGUUUGGUUGCCCUCCAUGACUAAAUAUUUGUGGAACAAGAUGUUUACUGUAACUAUCUUUAAAAUCGAUAAGACAGCAUACUUUUAUUUCAUCUUUUGCCAGAUAGUGAAUGCCAGGUGGUAUGGGGGUCAGACAUCCAGCAUUUAGGAAAAAAAAAAAAAAAAGAGUAAGUGAAAAGCAGGAGAACACAGAAAAGCACAGAAGUAUGAUAGAGAGUAUGAGAGAGAUUUGGCUAUUACAGUUUGUUAAUAUAUAAAGCAGCUAAUACUUUUACAUGAACUUUAGAAGGUAUAGUAUAGUUUAACUGCUGACCGCUUAAGUCAGACAGGCUUUUGGCCACAUGUACAUGACUUCCCUUUUGAAAUUAGCUUUACAGUAAUUUAAAACUCCUUUAGAGAGCCAUUAAAAGAUGCACAUGGGGACUGACAUUUAUGUAAAAGUAGCUGAUUCUAGUGACAGAACAUAAACUACCAACUAACUGACAUCAAUUUCACACUUAACAGAAUUGCAGGCUUUUCCUCCAGGCUCUCAGUGUCCCUGACAAGGAGGUUAAUGAUUGAAAUCUGUGACUUAGGGCUUCCAUUUUAGAGCACAUGCUUAAUUCCUAUUUGCAAUCCUGAAUUUAUUAUAUCACUUUUGGCCUGCUCAACUGGUAACAAUCCCUUCUUCCAAUCCUAAUUUAAGAGCCCUAAACCAAUCAGCCUGAUUGACAAUAUUUUUCCUUCAAAGCGCACUUUUCUCGAAAGAGGGGGGGGUGUGUGCAUGCAACUGAAUUGGACACAUGCUCACAGCCUUGGAGCCUGAAAGACACUAGGGUAAGGCAAAUGAGCUCUAAUCUGCUGGGUUGCAUUGUUCUCUGUUUAAUCUAGCUCAUCGAGAGUCAUUCCUAGCUGUCCAGAGGCUAAUAUAUCCUACAGGGUGUUGCAAAAGGAAGUGUGAAAUAUGACCUCAGGAAUCUGUUAUUCUUCAUAUACACCAAGCACUAGAAAAGAUGUUUUUUUUCACUAUGUGAAAAGCAAGUCUCCUGUUGCUGAUAAAACUGUGUGAAAAUCUGUACUUGUAAUAAUUUCUAGCAGGGAUAUAAAUUACCAAGAAUGGAGUUCUAAAAUUUUGUGUUGAUGGGAGUACCAUUACUGUUUGGGGAAGUGAAGGGAUUAUUUGCUGUUACAAGUAACUUAUGGAAAAAAACUUUAAAAAAUAAAGCUAUUUUAAUGGCACUGAUUCAAAUCCAUGUUUGUAUUUAUGUAAACAAUAGUCUUUUCCUCUUAACUUUGCUCCUAAGUGCAAGAAUACAGUAGCAUGUUUGCAUUUGUAGCCUUCCAGUUUCCUUCAGUACCUACAGUAUGUAUAUUACUAUACUAAAUGAAGUAAUAGAUCAUCUAACAAAGAUCACUAUGUGCAAUACUGUAUUUAGUGUUUCUAUUUCAAUUUUUUUAGAAUGUUAAUUUGUAAGAAAAUAAAAGGAAUAAUACUGAAA